AGCAGCAGUUCUGCCCGCAGCGGGAGACGCACCAAUUUAUCAACUUACAGCCUCAACAGGGAAAGAAGAUGCUAAUUAAAGUGAAGACGCUGACUGGAAAGGAGAUUGAGAUUGACAUUGAACCCACAGACAAGGUGGAGCGAAUCAAGGAGCGUGUGGAGGAGAAAGAGGGAAUCCCACCACAGCAGCAGCGGCUCAUCUACAGUGGCAAACAGAUGAAUGAUGAGAAGACAGCUGCUGACUACAAGAUUCUAGGCGGCUCUGUCCUCCACCUGGUCUUGGCUCUGAGAGGAGGAGCUGGUCUUAGGCAAUGAUGAGUCUUCCCUCUACUUUACCUCCUUUACCCUAUCGCUCGUAAUGAAGCAUAUGUUCUCUCACUGGCUGGGACGACCAAGCCAUCGCCCUCUCUCUUGGCUGCCCAGUCUUGUGUGUCUACUGGUGGGAGACUGUGAGGACCCCGGGAUGCAGUGCUCUUGGCCCAAAGUGCCUUCGCUGGCUAUUGGGUUUUAGUUUGCAGUCCUGUGUGCUUCCCACUCUUAUGGCUGUGUCCCUGGUUGUCAAUAAAAUAUCUCCUAACCUCCUGGAAUCUUCCUUCUAUUGCACAAAGGUGACUGAAUUCAAACUGGGCCCAGUGCUAAGCAGUUACAGUAGGUAGAAGAGUAGGCCAGCAGAAGGCCCGGGCUCUCAGAGGGAUCAUCAGACUCCACCACCUCUCACUGACUCCUGAGAACUAAUUAUUGGUACCUCUUCCCAACUCCAUGUUAAGUGAGUGUGUUGGUUGCAGUGUUGUUAAGUGGCUGUGCUGACUUGAAAUUGGCCAUGGUAAAAAUAUUACAGGUAAUGGGAAACACUAGGAAUCAGACCCCUACUUCAAUCUGGUCAAUGUGUCUAGCAACUUAGCACUGAUAUUUGUGUGUGUGUGUGUGUUGUACUGGGGAUCAAACUCAGGUCCUUGUGCUUGCAAGGCAGGCACGGGAACCACUGAGCUAACUCCCCAGGUCCAAAUUGGCACUGAUAUUAAGGAGAAGAAACCAGAGUAAAUCCUCCCACAAUGGCUUUUAGACCUGUGGGCUUUGUUGAAGAAAGCUUGAGGGGCUUUACAGAUACUACAUUUUGGGGGGUUUCUGGUUUUUUGGGGUUUUGUU